UUUUGAUCAUUUAUGUGAUUCGUUAAUUUUAUUUUGAAGACUAAUGUUAAAUGUUGUUUAGAUAUGCUUCCCGCAACGAGUACUACCUCUACCACUUCGUUUUUAUUUGAGCAAGAAACCCUAAUUUUAGAAAGAACAUUUCUAUUUCAUAAUUUAUCAGCGCAGUGAUGUCCGAUUAUAUGUUACAACUACCUGCCGUACCAGGGCGAAUGGUCGCAUGGAUGACGUCACUUCGAAGUGACGCCAGUUCUUGCGCAGUUUAGCGCGGAUUUUUCAAAAAAAUAGCAAUCUCUUGUUUACACCGUCCAACUUAUUGUAAAGUAUUUUAAUGCCAAUAUAUUUAAGCAAGUUGGAGGUUUUUUAUUCUUACUUCGCUUCGUUUUUUUUAAAGGCAUAUGAUGACGCCAUCAAAAAGCACCAAACAGUUUGUAACGUUAGUCAGCGGUUACCAGAGUUCCUGAAGCCGUCAUCUAAACGGUGUGAAGUAUUUUACGGUACCCCAUUUUAGCUGGUGUGAAUCAUUUUAGCGGUGUCUGACAGGUAAACGAGCCAACAUGAGCUAUCGCCCGCUGAGCUAACUGCUAAGUGAUGGAGAGUAGCUCGUGUUGUUCUUCGACGGCAGCCGAUCUUCCUCGGGAGUCUUUCCUCCAGAGGACGCUGGAGCGGUUACCCUCCACCCAAAGCCUGAAGCUCGCGCCCGAGGAGGCGGCUCCUGUCGCCGUUGUUGCCAUUCAGAGGUACCUGUCCGAGCCGAGCGAGGGUCAGCAGCUGGACAGCUACAGCUACGACGUGACGAUCACAGACGGAGUCUGGCGAGCCAAGUGCUUCCUUCACCCCAGCUUGAACCAGCUGGUGCACAGAAACGCCCUGAGGACUGGGACGGACGUCAGCGUCAGGCAGUGCUCCUUUGUUUACAACGAGAGGAGACUGGGGCACGGCUACAUCUGCAUUGAGAAGAUCGAGAGCAGCGCGGAGGCGUCGUCUCUCCUGCCCCGCAUUAAAAGCCCCAGCUCGCUGCCCAUGCUGGUAAAACACGGCAUGGAGAGGAGCGUGGUGCUGCAGAGUGACGUUCCGCUGCAGGUGAGCCGCAAGCACUACCUGUCUCUGUGGAACAACGACGACCCGGAGGGAGACAUGUGGAUCUCAGGGUCUGCUUCGCCCGACCCAGUCCUGGACGUGUCAAAGGUCACCCUCCUUAGUUCUCUGGAGUCGUCCUUUAGAGUUUCAUGGAAACCUCUCCCUCUCCUGGUGAAGAUAAUCCACAAAUCCAGGUUAAGGUAUUAUGGGAAAUUUGGGCUCAAGAUUGAUUACCCCUACCAGACUUACUUCGAAGUCGCCGACCAGAGCGGCACAAUGUCGCUCGUGCUUUGGAACGAGCUCUGUCCAGAGUACUACCGCAGGAUGAACGUCGGCGCGGUGUUGUACCUGCAAAACUACACCUUGAAGCAGAGCUACUCAAACCGAUCCCGCCCACAAAUGGACCACCAUCGAAUGAAAAACUUCACCUCUGUAGAACUCUGCCUGAACCCCCGUAACCCAGCUGCAGUCAUCACUGUGGUCUCACCCAAGAGCGUCCUCCCUCAGUGGGGGCUGCCAGAGGUGUCCUACCAGUUCACCACCAGGUCAGAGCUGGAGAAGAUGUCGAACGGUUCUGCUUGUGACGUCAUCGGUUUGGUGACGUUUGUUGGCCGCGUUGAAAGAGUUAGGAGUAAAGGGAAUAAAGCUCCAGAAAAAUACUGGACGUAUCGCUGGGUUCAUUCGGUGGAUGGAACAUCUGACCGGCCUUUUAUUCUGGAACUUUUUUCCUCGUCACAACCUGAAAUCUUCAAUCAAAUCUGUCCAAUGACCUACCUUGUUUGCACUCAGAUGAGGGUGUGUCAGGUGGAAGGGUCUUUGCCCUACCUCACAAGCAGCUGUGAAACUGAGAUCUUCAUCACAGGUUACCACAAGGGCCAGCCAUAUGUGAGUGACCCCAGAGUGAAGAGCUUCAUCCAGUGGACCAAGACUCUGAAGGACAACGUUGUCCUCCAAAAAACAGCCGUCGGCGGCCAUUAUUGUUACCCUCCUCCCCCACGGAGAUUUUCACAGGCAGCGACGGAAACAUCAGGCCAAGUUCCUUUGGUCGCUGCCUCAGACCUGAAGAGGGAGCUAGAGAGCCUUCAGUAUAGGGAGCAUAAAAAAUUGGCAAUUCAGGGAGAGAUUACGGCAAUCCGCUACACAAAUUACCCAAAGAAGGUUUCAAAUGAGGCUUAUUCAUCAGACACACAUAAAGAUCCUGCAGACUGUCUGAUGUCUCCCUCUUCUGACAGGAGCAAAGAUAACACAAGGAAAAGGACAAAUCAAUUCAGUAAAGCCGUACCUUUUUCCUUAAAUUGUGCCAGCACCCCCGCUAAAAGAAGGCUGAAAUACAAAAACGCAAAAGAAAGAGAAGAGCAGGAAGAAGAGGAGUCGGCCUCGGCAUCUGAGGAGGUUCAGCACGAGCAGCAGGAAUGUCGAGACUCUGCUGCUUCGUCCUGGGAGAGCAGCAGCUGGUCAAAGCAGCGAGAAGAAAUCUCCGAGCAUUUGCAUCACGGCGGCCUGCAUCAGGACAGCGUCUCUCGCAGGUUCACCUUCGACGAGAAGAGCGCCCUGCUGCGGUGGAGCAACCUUCAGCCCAUGCGCUGGACGCCGCAGGCGGCUGCCGACGCACCGCCACACAGGCCCUGUCCGGGGCAUUACCAGCUGACCAUACUGGGUAUUAACAAGCAGAUCGCAGUCGAUGCCGCGUUUCUCCCCGUCGUGCGCUCCGACGACCCCCGCGCCGUUGGCCUCUCCCAGGACCCCCACGACAACUCGAUGCUGUCCUGCCUCUCUUCAGGUUUCUUCUGCCCCCUCGAUAGCACAGGCGGAGACGGAGAAUUAACUCCCCAUGAGUCGGAGGAGAUCUUGGCGACCGCCCGGGGGCUGGAGAACACACACGUGGUGUGUGUUUUGGAGUUGUGUCAGCUGGGAGGAGAUAAAGUGGAAAUCCUCAUCGACAAGGUGUACAGAGUGAUGGAUGUCACACUCGACUAGAAAAAAAAGGACAGCUUCUUAUAAUCAUUCUCAAUCAUGUACAUUUAUUUUUGACAAAAAAGACCUUAAUGUAAAUUGUAUUUUCUACGAUUAAAAUACUGGAAUGCAAAGAAAAUGUUGUCUUUUAUUUCAAGUAUUAGUAGAUUUUAAUGACUUGCUUUCAGAAUUUCUUUAGUAAAGCAGUUUGUGCUGCUUUUGGGAUCUUUACUUUCUGUUUUUAGAAAGGUCCUCUUUAAGGGAUUCGAGGAGUUUUGAGCAAUGUUUGUCGAAAAACAUCUAAAUAAGGGCUUUUAGUUUUAGAAAACACCCUUUGCAAAACGCUAUGCCAGUAUGCCUUAUUGAUUCAGAG